UUACCACCCCUUGAAACUCAAACUCAAAAUCAUCAUUUCCUUUUCUUCCUUCACAUUCACCGCUUUUCUAACCGACCAAAACAUAUUCUCUUUCUCUUUUCUCUCUUUAAUGGCAAAUCCAGAAUUUGAUGAGGAGAAGAAUCAUGCAAUUCCAUUGUAUUGGUUAAAUGGUGCUUUAAUUGUUAUAUUCAUCGCUAUUUUACUCAGUAGUACCCUAUUCCCAAGCUCCAGUAAUACUAAUGGCAAAAGUUGCAGGUGUUUUCAGGGGGUAGGCACGUAUAGUGGGGUUUUGAAGAAAGGUUGCUGUGACUAUGCAGUGGUGAAUCAUGUUAACAGGGAAGUACUGCAUCCAUUGCUCCAAGAACUUGUUAAAACGCCAUUUUUCAGAUAUUUCAAGGUUAAGUUGUGGUGUGAUUGCAGGAUAGAUGAUGGCAUGUGCCAUUUACGAGACUGCAGUGUAUGUGAAUGCCCAAAAAAUGAAUUUCCUGAGCCAUUUAAGGCACAGAGUCAUCGACAUAAUUCUUCAAGUAAUCUGGUCUGUCUAGAAGUAAACCCCGAGGGAGCUGUUGAUCGUACAAUAGACUCCAAAGCAUUCAUAGGCUGGCGGGAAGUGGACAAUCCAUGGACGAAUGAUGAUGAGGCAGAUAAUGCUGAAAUGACAUAUGUUAAUCUCCAAUUGAACCCUGAACGCUACACUGGAUACAGUGGUCCAUCUGCUAGAAGAAUAUGGGAUGCCGUUUAUAAAGAAAACUGCCUAAAAUAUCCAGCUGGGGAGAUUUGCCCCGAGAAAAAAGUAGUAUAUAAAUUAAUAUCUGGCCUCCACUCCUCAAUUUCUCUUCAUAUAGCAGAUGAAUACUUGCUUGAUGAAGCAUCAAACACGUGGGGAAAGAAUCUUACUUUGAUGUACGACCGCGUCUUACAAUUCCCAGAUCGUGUUGAAAACCUAUACUUCACUUUCCUGUUUGUGCUCCGUGCGGUUACCAAAGCAGCGGACUACUUGGACCAGGCUUUAUAUGAUACUGGAAACCCUGAGGAUGACCUUAAAACACAAUCUUGGAUUGAUCAAUUGGUUUACCAUCCCAAACUGAAAUUCGCAUGUCCUUUACCUUUUAAUGAGGCAAGGUUAUGGAAAGGUCAAGGUGAGCCUGACCUGAUGCAGCAAAUUCAAAAGCAGUUCAGAAAUAUCAGUGCAAUGAUGGACUGCAUGGGAUGUGAAAAGUGUCGUCUUUGGGGAAAGCUUCAGUUUCUUGGUCUUGGUACUGCAUUAAAGAUCCUAUUCUACGUCAAUUGUCAGGAACGCUUAGGUGAAAAGUUUCAUUUUCAACGGAAUGAAGUUAUUGCAUUGAUUAACUUACUGAAUCGGCUUUCAGAAUCCAUUAUGCUUGUACAUGAAAUGCGGCCUUCACUCGAAAAAGUAAUGGGAAAACAAAUUUCUAUACCCAGUGACCAACCAUUGAUGACAGGGGGUCAUGUAUAAGUAUCACAGUGGAGGCAACUCCGGUUUGCACACAGGUGUUGUUUUGCUAUUUAUUUUAAUGUGGUGGAAUGUAAAUUAUGAUUAGAAACUUGUAGGUCUUUGCUCUAACUUUGUGACAAAGUUAUCUUCCUUAUGUCCGAGUUAGAGUUAGAAGUUGGCUUGCGGUAUCAACAACAAGAAGUUUGUUGUGUAUAAUGGUUGUGACUACACCAGGAUAUGAAGCUUGUGAACUAUUUAAGG